CCGGCUCAUCGUCGCGCCAUGGAGGACGAGAGCAGCCAGGACUCAAGCGUGCAAUACAUGAACCUCUCCGACGACGAAGCCACGCAUUUCCGGGUGAGUUGUAGAGCUAGGGUUAGGGUUGGGUUAUCAGAUUUGGGAUUUGGGGGGAUUUGAUUUGAUUUGGGGAUUUUGUUUUCCUUUUGUUCCUGUAGAUCCCUACUAGCAUUGAAGACCAAGACUACAGUGGCAUUGAGACAGCACCCAGAGUUCUUUGCCAUCAGCAUGGCGUGGCGGCUGAGAGGCGUGUAGCAUUCGAAGCAUUUAACACGGGCAGGAGGUUCUUAGUCUGUCCUAUGAGUGAAGAUGACAACUGUGGUAUUGUUCUCUGGGUUGACCCAGAGUGGCCUCCUACAUUGCAGAAUGCCUUGUUGAAGCUAUGGGAAAUGUAUCAUGACAGCAAGAGUGAUAGGAGGAAGGAUAACCUGGAGAGUUCACUCACUAUUCACCAUCUCACUGAAGAAAAAAAUAAUCUAGAGGCCAACUAUGACAAAUUGGUUGAAGAUGUGCACCAACUGUUGAAUGCUCAAGAGGAUAGGAGGGUAGAUUUCAGCUAUUUGCAGGCUAAGAUGCAGGAUGUGCAUGUUUCUGAUUCAGUUGUAUCUGACAUGAAGACAGAGAUGGGGAAGAAAGAUGCAGAGAUCUUCAAGCUGCAGGAGAAGUAUAAAGUACUGAUGAACCUGACACAAUCUCAAGGCACUUGCAUCAGGAACCUGAAGUUUAAUCAUCUAAAAGAGAAGGAAGUGCUUAGUACAUCCACCAGGAACCUGCAAUUCCAGGUUGAUGAACUCAAAAAAUCUGAGGAAAAGCUCACCCAGGAGAACACCCAGCUGCUCCUUCACAUGGGAGAUCUCAAGAAGGGGCAUGACAAGCUCACAGCAAGGAGGGAUCAGCUAAAGAUUCAGAUUGCUGAACUGUUGAAGUCAGAGGAGAAGAACAAGCAGAAAUUGAAGGGGAUCCUGGACAUCUUGUCAGAAUGAAUAUGUACAGGAAGAGCAAGAGCAAGAUCCAGAUCAACAUGAAGAAGAAGAAUGCUGGCUUUGCUGACCUUUUGUGAAGUAUGGUGUUGUUGUGAACUAAGUUAUGUACUAUGGAUGUGUAGUUGUUGUGAACCACUAUGUUGUUGCUUUAGUUGUUGUGAACCACUAUGGUGUUGCUUUAGUUGUUGUGAACCACUAUGUUGUUGCUGUGAACCACUAUGUUAACUGUUAGUUGUUGUGAACCACUAUGUUAAUCAAUAUGUUGUUGUUGUGAACCAGUUUGUUGUGAACCAGUAUGUUAACUCUUAGUUGCUGCUUGUCUUAGUUGCUUGAACUCUUUUAUGAACCCCCUAAACCAAAGUUGCUUGAAC